GUAGACUUGACAGUUGACUCACUGUAUUAAAGCGUCCAAGUACAAUAUUUUUCCUGUGCAUAGUCUGUAUCUUCGAAAUUUUGUUUUGGUCUUUCACUUUAUACCUGCAUUACGAUCCACGUAUGGCUGAAUAUCGAUCUAUUGAAAACCGCAUUUAACGCUUUAUGACAAUAUGACUAGAAGAAAAAAUAGCAGUUGUAAGUUGUUGUUCUGUUGCUAUUUAAAAGCUUAUUAGUCUAUUUUUAUUGCCAUUAGUGUUCCUACGGUUGAUGCACUUUUCCCACGUACUCUGAAAAUUUUUUAAGGACUCAAUCAUACGGCGUUUGGAAAUCGGAGAGUAAAUCUGUUGUCAAACGCUUACUGAUAAGCACGUUUUACUGCCAGUUGGCAGAUUGACAUAUUCGUCAACCACAUCCGAUGGCUGAACUGUACAUUGUUGGCAGCUGCUGUUAGCGUAAAUGGUCGGCUGCCUGGCGAGACAGAUCCGGAUCGCGAUCGGUGAUCCUUGAAAGUAGAGCUUGGUGCGCGUGUGUUGAUAAGUGUUCCAAGACAGUCCAGCAAAAAUGUCGUGGAUCAGAGGAUCGUGGCUGAUUUUGUUCUUGCACGUGGCCUACGGCCGCGAUAAUAUUACGGUUACUCAAGCUUCCGAUGUGGAUUACACUCCUUAUCUAUCCCACUUAACACCCAUGGGCAACCGGACAAUGGCACGAUUUGAUCCCAAAGGAAUGCAGGCACUGUAUUUUAUCACCAAUAUGUUUAUUGAAUAUGUUGGAAGUGGACUACGGAAGAACAUACCUGCUGAACUUAUUCCGGCAGAAGAUGGAAAUAUUGGUGAUGUUUAUAAUUAUGUGAAAGAAUGGCUGUCAUUCGAAAAAGGAAUUGUGAUUUGUGCUGGGAUCGGCAUCGGGUUAGCGAUAUUAAUUCCCGUUUUGGGCUUAAUUUUUUGGUGCUGCCGUUGUUGUGGUCGUUGUGGUGCUAAUCCGGCAAAGACGGACAAAGGCAGUGAUUCUUGCCAGUGCGGAACGCUCACGUUGCUGUUCGUUUUACUUUGCCUUGUCAUAACCUUCGGGGUCGCCUGCGGGUUUAUGACGAACGAAUACGUUAAAACUGCCGCCAGUAAGCUCAAUGAUACCGCACAAGAUAGCAUGGAUGAUAUCCGGGGAUACCUUCGCGACGCACAACAGCAUUCCACCCACGUACUUGUGACUAACUUCAAAGAUUUGAAAGAUCACGUCAAGGAUAAGUUGAAUGAUAUUCAAACCGAGUCGGCGACCAUGUUCGACCGAGGGUUGAAAAGCGUCGGCGCUGAAAGUAUUCUCGACAUUGCUGACAGUUUGGUGGAAGCGGAUGAGGAUAUUAAUACGCUAAACGCAUCGUUUGAUCGCUUGAGAAAUCUUGAAAAGAUCCUGCUGCAAAACAUAACUGAUGUGCAGCAGAAUAUCAACCUUGUUGCUCAAGGGUGUCGAAUGAAAACCGGAAAUGCAAAUCUCUGCAAUCAGUAUUCGGCGGCUGCUGACAAUCUCACUGUCGUUAUUAAUUACAGUGAUCUCUUCUUGUCCACUGGUCUCAGAGAAUUCGAAACGAAAAUGAAUACGCAAGUGAUUGAGCAGAUAAAAAAGGGCCGUACGAAAGUUAGAGAUUUGGGGAAAACGUUGAACGAAGAACUUCAGAAAGGCUCCGAAACCGUGAUUAAUAAACUGAACGAAGCUCAUGUUCAAGUUUUGGAUUUAGAGAACAGAAUUCGAUCAGAAGCGACGAAAGCCCAGGAUUACUUGAACCGAAUGGAUCUGAGCCCAUACCACGCAUACAUCUUCCAGUACAACGACUAUCUCUAUUAUACUAAACUUGGAAUUAGCGUGUUUGUUCUAUCCGUUCUGGUGUUCUUCAUUCUUGGAGCGUUGUUCGGAAUUUGUGGUGCACGGUCCGGGACCUUAUAUGAAGAUCCCUUCUGUAAUAAGGGAAAGGGGUCCUGUUUGUUAAUGUGCGGUGUCGGCUGGAUUUUCCUGCUCUACUUGGUUGUUAUGCUGUGCAUCACUUUGUUAUUCAUUGCGGGAACGAACAUCCAGCUAUUAGGAUGUGACACACUGGCCAAUCCAUCAGCCAAUAAUCAUCUCAGAGUGGCGGCAGGACUGUUACAUCAGUAUGGUCUUACCAGUCGGCAUCUCCGGGACAUUCCUGGAAAAUUACGAAAAUGCCAUGAGGACAAGUCAAUUUAUGAAGUGCUAGAUCUGAAUUCGACAUUUGAAGUGGAAGAGAAGAUGCAGAAACGUUUAGCGGACAUCGAUGUUAUGGCAGAUGUCCAGGUUAUUGUCGAUGACGCCUCCCGAAAAGUCCGUGAUAUCACGUUUUUGACGGAUGCAGAAAAGAUUUCACUUAUAAAUUUGGCUCAAAGUCCUGGUGUUCGUGAUUUUCGUCUGGAUUCUAUAAAUGAGAAGCUUCAGUCAGAAACCAUCAUAAAAGGUUCGGUCAAAGCAAUUAUGGACAACAUCUCUCCAACAAUGAGUUCGGAUCCGCCAACUCAAUCCCGUUUAUGGGACAUCCGUAGAGAACUUGGCUUUAUCAACGAUACAAUUUCGGUCAUGGAAGAAGAAAAGGUGAAGGCAUUCCGAGUUACUCAGAGCUUGGGAAAACUUCUGGGUGAUGGCAAUGUGGCAGCUCGAAUCUUGCAUUUUGUCAACGCUACGGACGUUACUCAAAAGCGCCUCGAGGAAACAGCCGAGCCGAUGAUCCGAUGGAUUGCCAAUGAAACGGUGGAUGGAUUGCAUAAGAACAUCCAAGAUUAUAUGAACUUUUCCAUCGGUCAGGUGCGAAAUGAAAUCGGUCGGUGUGGACCGGCCAGUUUGGCGAUUAACUCCACUGUCCGGCUAAUCUGCAAAGAUGUUCUCUACCCAUUUAACGGUUUCUGGCUUAGCGUCGGUUGGUGCUUGAUACUUUUCAUACCAUGUCUACUUAUUGCUCUUGCCCUCGCAUGGCAUUAUCGGGUUCCUGAAAGUUUUCGGUCCAGUUCAAGUGACAGUGACUUUGAACCGCAAACUGAAAUCGAUACGAUACCACUUGCUCAUCGCAGGAAACGUGUCCAUCCUUCCAGCUCAAGCAAUGCUACAUACGACUCCCGUGCUCGUCAAAGCAAGGCCACACAGUGGGCAUUUCAUAAUGCUUUCAAACAGCCACCCGGCUAUUACCCCGUCCGUAAAGCGUCUCAAAGUUUUCCCUCGGCUCCGCUGUCCGACGAAAAUUUGUACACUCGACCUCCAUCAUAUUACUAUCCUGGAUCUACAAGUUGAAGAGUGGAAUGUGAGAUCCAGAAUUAAGCAGUUGUUGUUGCUGGUCUGGGAUUACGUAAAGAAGUGCUUGGAAUCGGCAGGGAAGCGGCAGCUCGUUUAUACAGAAAUAUCUGUGAUUGGCUUGUGUUUUUUGUUUUCAUUUGGGUCACCAUUGUGUCCAAAUAUGAGAAGAAAUUUGUUCCAUGCAUGCAGGCUGCACUGUGAUUUGUUUGCAAGUCACAAAAGAAAUUUGUUUUGCUGUUCUUUCCUUUUUUGUUGAGUUUCCUUUUGGUGCCGUGGUAUGUUGAUUUUGUUUCGGUAGAUAGGGCUGUAUAAAUGGAUGUACAUACAAACAAUGCGAAAUCUCAAAGGGGCACACCCAUUGCUCCAGUAAUAAUAUUUGUGGUUUUCGAUGGAAUUUUUUUGUUGAUCGCAGUGUAUAAUCCAAAUAAAAAAGUUACU